CUUACGAGUGUAGUGCAGUGUCAAGUAUCAUAUACUGUUUAUCUGAUUGUCUUUUUUUUUAAUUGCUGCACUUGCAGAGUUGCAGUGACUUGCAGGCAUGGUACGAUGGCUUACAAAAGUCUUUGCGUGAAUAUCAUUAAAGAAAGUCGAGUACUAAAUAGAUAUUUAAAAGCUGCUGUAACUACACGUGGUUAUUCGAAAACAACAAGCACAUCUUCAGAGGAUGAUGAGAGAUCGACACACUUUGGUUUCCAAACGAUUAAAGAGAGUCAGAAGGCAAAGGAAGUAUACGCCAUAUUUGAAAAUGUUGCCAAUUCUUACGACAUGAUGAAUGACGCAAUGAGUAUGGGUAUCCAUCGCAUCUGGAAAGAUAUUUUUGUACAGGAAUUAGGACCUACUCAUGGUACCCAUCUUUUGGAUUCUGCUGGUGGCACAGGCGACGUUACAUUUCGGUAUAUUAAUUUUUUGAAGAAUACGCCAAAUCCGCAUAAUGUACGUAGUCAUGUAACUGUAUGUGACAUAAAUCAACAUAUGUUAGACGUUGGGCAAAAUCGAGCAAGUAGGCUAGGUUUAUCGGGGAACAGUAAUUACGAUAUUAUGUGGAAGCAAGAAGAUGCAGAGAAGCUUUCCUUUGCAGAUGAUUCUUUCUCUGCCUAUACCAUAGCGUUUGGAAUAAGAAAUGUAACACAUAUUGAUAAGGUAUUGUCUGAGGCAUACAGAGUAUUACAGCCAGGAGGAAGAUUUUUAUGCCUAGAAUUUAGUCACAUUGAUAAUAAGCCUUUACAAUGGUUGUAUGAUCGAUAUUCCUUUCAAAUAAUACCUGUAAUGGGGGAACUGAUUGUGGGACAGUGGAAAGCUUAUCAAUAUCUUGUAGAAAGCAUAAGAAGAUUUCCAAAACAAGAGGAUUUCAAGAAGGUAGAGAACAGGAGACAGUAAAAGAAGGAAGUUUCAACGCGCCGAUAGGAGACGACCCAGUGAGAGAAGAUGUAUUAACAGCAGCAAAGACGAUGCAAACGGAUCGAAGGCCGUCGAGGCAAGGGGGGAAAUUCAUUCUACGUGGCGUAAUAUCUACAUGCGUCAUGCGGUGUGCUUUCUCUAGGAGGUGAAAAUUCUUAACUUUCUUCGACCAUAGAAACAUACCUACCGCCGCCGAUGAUGCUUGGCACCGCGCUCCCACAGCUUUUCACGACUCGUCGGUUUGUCUAUUAUUGACGCAUCUUCUCCUCACUUCCCGGUGUGUUACUGGCGCCAACGAUUUCGCUUCGAUCGACGUUCACAAUACGUUAUGUCACCCCCACGGGAGAUUCCUCUUUUUCCUCUUUUCUAAGACCCGGCGAUUUUCUAACUUCGUCAGCGUGGGAAUUCAUGAUUGCAUGCGAAUUUAUAACUUUGUAACGUGAACUUUUCGAGAUUUACACUUUUUUUAGCAUACAUU